AUGACCACAGUCGAUACUCCUUACGUCCACGAAGGAGGCAUCAAGCCUUACUUCGAGCAGCAGAUACAGGACACAGAAAUCAAAAUCCAAAAUACAACGCAAAACUUACGAAGAUUGGAAGCUCAGAGAAACAAGCUCAACAGUAAAGUACGUCAGUUGAAAGACGAGUUGAGGCUUCUUCAAGAACCAGGCUCGUAUGUCGGUGAAGUCGUCAAGGUGAUGGGCUUGAAAAAGGUGCUUGUCAAGAUUCACCCUGAAGGCAAGUACAUUGUCAAUGUCACCAAAGACAUCGAUAUCAAGAAAUUGACACCUUCAUUGAGAGUGUGCCUCAAAGCUGAUUCAUACGAUUUGCACAAGAUCUUGCCCAACAAGGUCGAUCCAUUGGUGUCGUUGAUGAUGCUUGAAAAAGUGCCAGACUCCACGUACGACAUGGUGGGUGGUUUGGACAAGCAAAUCAAAGAGAUCAAGGAGGUGAUUGAGUUGCCUGUGAAGCAUCCAGAGCUUUUCGAGAGUUUGGGUAUCGAGCAGCCCAAGGGUGUCAUCUUGUACGGACCACCUGGUACCGGUAAGACGCUUUUGGCCAGAUCGGUGGCUCACCACACAGACUGUAGGUUCAUCAGAGUGUCGGGAUCCGAAUUGGUGCAGAAGUACAUUGGUGAAGGUUCAAGAAUGGUGCGUGAGCUUUUCGUCAUGGCCAGAGAACACGCUCCAUCGAUCAUUUUCAUGGACGAAAUCGAUUCCAUUGGUUCAUCAAGAGUGGAGGGCUCCUCUGGAGGAGACUCCGAGGUGCAGAGAACCAUGUUGGAGUUGCUUAACCAGUUGGAUGGUUUCGAGAGCUCCAAGGAUAUCAAGAUCAUUAUGGCCACCAACAGAUUGGAUAUCUUGGACCCUGCCUUGUUGAGACCCGGUAGAAUCGACAGAAAGAUUGAAUUCCCUGCUCCUACGGUGACGGCGAGAACGGAUAUCUUGAAGAUUCACUCCAGGUCGAUGAACUUGACCAGAGGCAUCAACUUGAGGAAAAUCGCCGAGAAGAUGGGCGGCUGCUCCGGUGCUGACGUUAAAGGUGUCUGUACAGAGGCAGGCAUGUACGCCUUGAGAGAAAGAAGAAUCCACGUGACGCAAGAGGACUUUGAGUUGGCGGUGGCGAAGGUGAUGUCGAGAAACGACGAAGGCGCCGUUUCCUUGGCCAAGCUCUUCAAGUAG